CAACGUUAACGUAGGAUUGCGCACAGCCGGAGGCCCCAUCUGUGGGCGAUUGCCGAUUAGAUUGAAAGGAGUUUAGCGAGGAUGGCACUGGCAAGCAACUCCCCGAAUUUUACCGCAUACAAUUAUCGAUCGGAUUGCAGAACGUGCCGAGAAACUACUGCAAAGAGAGGAAGAAGAGUCCAUUUCUUACAGUUCCCUCGACGCUGAGACUCCGAUCUCGCUUGCUCCAAUCCGAGGUCCAGCUCAUGUUCCCCGCUCGGCAUUCUGUUGGGUGACUAAUCGUCUGCGCCAUUUCUUCCUCUUGCCUCGCUCUUCCUUUGCAUCCGAAGCUUCGCCAAGCAGAGGAUAGCAGAGUGGAGCUUCUCCAGGACAAGCAAAAACCGGAAAACCCUAGGACUUCCGAGCAUGUCGAAAUCCCUUCCCUAUUCGGUUAAAGAUUUGCAAUACGACAACGCCAAAUUCCGCCAGCGUUCGGUUUCUAAGGUGAUAACGCAGUCCUUGCUCACCAAUAACAUGAGACGCGAUUGUGUUAGCUGCAGUACAGGAAAGUUUCUAGCAUUGUUGUUGAUCUUUGGGGUAGGAUAUCUUAUGUUAACUCAUCCAAGUACUGCCCACUCUCUUUCGGUUAGAGUUGCAGAUAAAUUGAGUAUUCAUGGGGAAGGUAAGAAUAUGACAGGAGGUAAUACUGUGUCUGGAAGGAUCGGGAGGAAGCCACCAAGGCUUCCUCCACGAUUGCCACCCGGUGAGCAUGGUAGUCACAAUGAUCAAGCUGUUCAUGAACCAGCGAAGCUUAAUACGGAUUCAGGAUGGGUAGUAAGGCAGCAGAAAGUAAAGGAGGCUUUUAUCCAUGCUUGGUCUGGCUAUAGAAAGUAUGCAAUGGGAAAUGACGAACUUAUGCCUCUAAGUCAGAAAGGGACCGAUGGAUUAGGAGGCCUUGGUGCUACCGUUGUGGAUGCCCUUGACACUGCUAUGAUAAUGGGUGCUGAUGACAUUGUUUUAGAGGCAGGCUCAUGGGUGGAGACACACCUUUCUGAUUUGAUUAGGAAGAAAGGCCAAGUUAAUUUAUUUGAGACUACCAUUCGUGUAUUGGGUGGUCUUUUAAGUGCAUAUCAUUUAAGUGGAGGGGAGAAGGGGGCAAACAUAAUGCAUAAGGGGCCUAAACCAUCUGUUUACCUUGAUAUUGCUAAAGCCUUGGCUGAUCGUUUGCUAUUGGCUUUCACUUCCAGUCCGACUCCUAUUCCCUUCAGUGAUGUUAUUCUCCAUGAUCCUUCGGCGCAUAGAGCACCUGAUGGGUUGAGCAGUACUUCGGAGGUUUCUACUUUGCAGCUCGAGUUCAAUUAUAUCAGUACUCUUUCUGGUAAUCCAAAAUACAGCAUCGAAGCUAUGAAGGUUUUGGAACACAUGAAAGGUCUCCAAAAGGUGGAGGGACUCGUUCCAAUCUAUAUAAGUCCAGACUCUGGUGGAUUUAGUGGAGAAAAUAUCAGACUUGGAUCUCGUGGAGACAGCUAUUAUGAGUACCUGAUUAAGGUAUGGCUUCAGCAGGGGAGCAAUCGAGAUAAGAACUUUACAUAUCUUCAUGAUAUGUAUACGGAAGCAAUGAAAGGUGUAAGGCACCGACUUGUUAAGAAAUCAAUCCCAAAUGGCUUGGUGUUUGUAGGUGAAUUGCCUUACGGACCUGAUGGCGCUUUUAGUUCUAAAAUGGAUCACCUGGUGUGCUUUCUGCCUGGUACACUUGCUCUUGGAGCAACUAAGGGCUUUACCAAGAAGAAAGCGAUGGAAGAAAAUUUGCUAAACUUUGAAGACCUCGAGAACUUGAAGCUUGCAGAGGACCUAGCAAAGACUUGCUUUGAGAUGUAUGCAGCAACUUCCACUGGUCUUGCUCCUGAAAUUGUUUACUUCCAUACUGAGGAAUAUUCUGAAGAGGGUCUUGAUGGAGGGAACAAGAGUUCGAAGUAUAUGAAUGACAUAAUAAUAAAACCUCUAGAUCGUCAUAAUCUUUUACGCCCAGAAACUGUGGAAUCGUUGUUUGUCUUGUACCGUGUUACAGAAGACUCAAAAUACCGUGAGUGGGGCUGGCAUAUUUUUGAAGCUUUUGAGAAGUACACAAAGGUUGAAUCUGGUGGAUACAGUUCUCUUGACGAUGUAACCAGCCUUCCUCCUCGUAGAAGGGACAAGAUGGAGACCUUCUUUCUGGGUGAAACAUUGAAGUACUUGUACUUGCUGUUUGGGGAUAGUUCUGUUAUCCCAUUAGAUAAGUUCGUCUUUAACACAGAAGCUCAUCCUCUUCCAAUCAAAGGCAUUUGAGAGAGGCUCAUACUUAUUUUCAAUUAAGGGCGCUGAACUGAAGAAAAUGCAUUUGCAGUCUUAGCCCAUUUAACUUAUAUGGCUAAUCAUUCACAUGCUUCGUUACUCGCCUGGUUCCUAGGCCAACUCAUUGUAGUGAUUCUUUUUAUGUGAUCUGAAUCAUCUCCUUUCGUGUACACUCAAUUAGAUACAGAAGAACAAUUUUUUUCUACAACUCUGUUAAUACAGCCUCAGGAUUGUGAAAUUAACUUUCUCUAUCUUUUCUCUCUUUGAAGUAGUGAGUGAAAGUGCUACUGUCAUGGUAGACUUCUUAAAGUCACUAUCAGUGGCCAGAUUCAGAUGCUCAUUUCACCAAUUGAUGUACUCUGUUCUCUUUAAUAUUUGUAUUACACAUUGCGGAAUUUACAAAGCUCUUUCUAGCUUCUACAUCACUGUCUUCUGAUCAUUCUGGGUUUUGUUGACUACAUACUAUGAAGGAAAAAUAGAUGGUCUCCAUCUUGAAUAACACAUAUGUCAUCAAUGUCUGCAUUUUCAGCAUUGACGACUUUUGCAAAUGUAUAGCCUCCAUAUUUCUCACCUGCAGUGUCACAAGUUGCUGACAAAUCGGAUGAGUAUGCAGUAAACAAAAUGCAAUUUAACUGAACAAUAUCCAGGUUUAAGCUCAAACUCUCUGCCGAGACUAAAGAGAUCUUACCAGCAAUCCUGUGCAGCUCUUCCAUGGAAUCAGCAUGCAGAGUUGUUUGGCCAUUCACAACAUCUGCAUAACCUCUACUAUAAUGGUAGCCUUGACUUCCUGUUAUUGCACAACAUUUAGGGAUCAUUCCUCCGUCGGAUUCAGAGGAGAAGUUCUGCUGAGCCGCAAUAUUUGAGAAAGCUCGGUAGUCCUAACGGUGAAAGGUUGAGGCUUGUUAUAUAUAACUCCCAUCUGCCCAAACAGGUCUACUGCAGUAGCUUUGCCAACAACCUAAAGUGUCAUGGGAGCAGAUCAAUCAAGAGAUAUGUGUGAAAGCAUUUGGUCCUGUAUGCGGGGUGGCAGCUGAUUCCUAGUGGCAAAUUCUGAAGCAGCUCUGAACAUGUCCCUCUGCAUAAAUUAAAGGCAACUGACUCUCCUGAGACGCCAUAGACGGAGCAUGUUGAGUAAUUUGAACCCAAGUUCACUGCUUUGUUCUCUGAACAGGAGGCUCAAGGGCUGAAAUGGUGCAGUGGAAGAGACAUCGAAGACAAACCAGGAUUGUCGACGAGGAGGCAAGAUUGGCUAUCGAGAUAGGCAACAAAGAAGGAAGGUUGUGGAACGAAGUGGUCUCUGCUAGCGGCUGGAAUGAAAGCAGGAACGGGAGUUAAAGGAGCACUUUUCCUCGUGUUUAAACAAGAAAGCUAAGCUGGUGACUGCAUCAAGGAGGGAAGAAGAUGGUAAUUGGCAAUAGAAAUGGUGCUUCUCUUUCUGAAUUGGGUGGUGGUGGUGGAAGGUCCAUCAUCUAACUCAUGUCAUGUGGAGGUGUGGGUUUAGGAAGGACAGAUUUCAGGAUCCAGAACCGGACCAACAGAAGACCGGGGGCGGGAAGCCUAGAGGAGGAGGAAGGUGCUGAAGUGUCAUGGCUGCCACGUGGCCCAAUGGGUUGUUGUCUUUAGAGGUUUGGCCCCCCUUGAAAUCAAAGUUCCUUCCAACAGGUAGAUUGUGAAUCUAUGCCCCUGCGCUCUCCUCCAUGGGCGAACUUCCUAGGCAGGCAGAUGGGAGGUGAGGAGAUUGGGAGUCCUCUCCUCUCCGUCAAUCUACGGGGAGGGCAAUAACUAAUAAGUGAAAUGGGGACCCUGUAGAGGACAAAAGGGUAUCCCGCAAUCCCUCCCCACGAGAUUCUUUCUGGGUAUAAAGGUGGGUGGAAGGAAGAAUUCAGCCACUUGUCCAAGAUUUUGGGGUCGCGCCGGAGAUGCAUCAAAAUACCAAGACAAUUCACACAGACAUAGGGAAGAAAGGGGUAUGGGGGUGGGGCCAGCCAGGUCAAGUGGAACUGCACCUACGCUGCGCAUCAAAAUGUGGCCUGUGGAUUGGGUAUUAAUCAUGAGCUAAAAAGGUGGAUUGCUGAAAGGAAAGGGAAAGGAGAAAGCAUUUGGGAAUCGGGCGGGACAGCUCGUGGGGUUUCAAAGUCUUUUUCGUUGGAAGGAAGGAGUGGAUGAUCCAUCUGGAGAGCUUGGUUGCGAGUAAGGAAGGUUAGGUUUACCUUACUACCAGCAACAUGGGGAGUUUAAUCGGUCCUACCACAGCACGAUGAUGAUCCCCCAACCCCAAAGUUCCUCUAACAUCCCGGGAUGACAUGCCUGCCAUGUGUUGCGGAGAUACAAGAUCUAACCCUCUGUCUCCUUCCUUCCACACGUCCCCUGGUCAAACAUGAAUGUUUGCUCCAUAUUGGUUUAAUUACUAUUGCUGCCCAGUACACACUCGCGCCAGC